GACCCUCCCGAGAGCACUCACGGCAUGGCCAGUUAACUCUCUGUUCGCAUCACCGUUUGCACUCCAACUUUAAACUACGUUCAUCAACAUUUGUCGGUAAAUCAAUGCACUAGACCCUCUGUUGUCCGUCAUCACAGCGCAACCCCAUCUCCAAAAAAACUCUCGUUGCUCCCUGACGUGAACGCGCUCGGCCGGAACCCCACUGCCCCGCUCCCUCCCUCCUCUCCACCAACACGCGCGUGCACGCGCUCUUGCAAGGCUGCGAUUGAGCCAAGAGCGUAGUACUUGAACCAAGCGAUCCAAACCGGAGAACAGCAAGGGGAAAAAGGGAACGAAAACUAUCCAGUAGCAACGGCAAAACAGCGGCUUUGAAUUGGAUACAGAUUGUUUUGAAUGUUUUUAGCAACAGUGUUGCUGUUAGUCGGGACUGGAGGAAGAAGAGGAUUACAUUGUUGGCCGUUUUGUUCUUUCUUCUUGUGGUGGGUUUGGAGCGCUGCACAGGAUAGUCAAAAAGAUCUGCACGGGGCGAUACGCGAGAAAACAUUUCUGCGUUUCUAUAGAGAGAGAACAGAUGACCCUUUUGUAGUUUCUGAAAUAUUCUCAACAUUCGUGAAGGGAUACGAAUUUCAAAGUGGAUGUACGUGGAAAUCUCUGACUGUGUAAGCAGGAGCUGUCUGCAUGGACCCGCAAGAAAGAAAAUAAAAGAAAUGAAUAAGGGUGCCUGCUCUCCGCUGCUGUGACAUUUGUUGAAAAUACACAUUUUGAAAGGAAAUUGAAACAUUUUUGAAUGCGUGCGGUUAAAAACCAGUGUAUCCCUUUGACAGGAAAACGAUCAAACAAGUGUGUCUUUGUAGCAGCUUCUGAAGUUUUUUCUUUCCCAGAUCAAGAACACAAACACGAAGUCGAAGGUGUUUUAAAACAGAAACAGUAGAGGUAUGCAUAGCUAUGUGGAUGUGCAUACCGAGAAAUAUCAAUGAACUAACCCGCACUCUGUAGCUGCUAAAUGUUACUGGAUGCAUUUAUUUAUGUAUGUGUUUUAAAAGGUAAAGAAGAGACUGGAGAGAGGAAUCUUGUGAGCACACCACCAUACUGAGCUACUGAUCAUGCGUAAAGGAACGUACUUUAUUGUAGCUUUAAGCAAACUUGGAAUUACAGGUCUAAAAUGCAUAGGCACUAAAAUGUCAAAGCGACUUUUGGUCUUUAAUAGUGGAGCAGAGUUAUCACGCUAAAAGAAGAUACGUCCCCCACGGAAUAUUAAAACAAAACCAAUGGACAAACUUUCAAUCUCCGAUUUUAUAAAGAAAAAGGAAACCGGCAGCUAAACUGUAAAAAAGGAUUUCUAAUUUGUAUGCGUUGAACAGUUUUUUUUGUUGUUGCGCGUACUUAAGCAGAGAUCCACGCUGGUGUACCACACAGUACGUGUCUGCUACGACUUGUCGGUCCUUGUUUUGGUGGAAGAGUCGCUUCUUCCCUGUCUUUUUUUCCGUCAGGAUGGAGGAAUGGAGACAGUGUGGUCGAUGGCUGAUCGAUUGCAAAGUGCUGCCACCGAACCACCGGGUAGUGUGGCCCUCUGCCGCUGUUUUUGACCUGGCUCAGGCUCUGAGGGACGGGGUCCUCCUGUGCCAGAUGCUCCAUAAUCUCUCACCUGGAUCUGUCGAUCUGAAGGAAAUCAAUUUCAGGCCACAGAUGUCACAGUUCCUAUGCCUGAAGAAUAUCCGAACCUUUCUUAAGGUCUGCCAUGAUAAAUUUGGACUACGCAACAGUGAGCUAUUUGACCCCUUUGACCUUUUUGACGUCCGGGAUUUCGGCAAGGUUAUUUCGGCCAUUUCAAGAGUCUCCCAUCACAGCAUUGCACAAAUUAAAGGGAUCAGGCCGUUCCCUUCCGAAGAUACAGCAGAGAAUGAAGAUGACGUGUACAGGAGCUUGGAGGAGCUGGCAGAUGAGCAUGACGUUGGCGAGGAUGAUAUUUAUGACUGUGUCCCGUGCGAGGACGACGGAGAUGAUAUCUACGAGGACAUCAUCAAGAUGGAAGUGCGGCAGCCCAUGAAAAUGGGGAUGACCGAAGAUGACAAAAGAAACUGCUGCUUACUCGAAAUACAAGAAACGGAGGCCAAAUACUACAAAACUCUGGAAGACAUCGAAAAGAAUUAUAUGAUUCCACUCAAGCAAGUUUUAAACCCUCAAGAAAUGGAAGCCAUUUUUGAUAACCUGGAGGACUUGAUCAAGGUUCACUUUGCAUUGCUGAGAGCAAUCGAUAUGGCUAUGAUGGCAGGAGGAGCAGAUGGACUAGCUAAAAUAUUCCUGGACUUCAAGGAACGGCUCUUGGUUUACGGGCAGUACUGCAGUCACAUGGAAAACGCCCAGAAGACUCUGGAUCAUCUGAUAGCAACACGUGAAGAUGUCAAGAUGAAAGUGGAGGAGUGUACAAUGAAGGUACAGGAAGGCAAAUUUAAACUUCAGGAUCUGCUGCUGGUUCCCAUGCAGAGAGUUCUAAAGUAUCACCUCCUGCUGAAAGAGCUUGUGAGCCAUUCGACUGACCGACCUGAUAGACAGCAACUGAAAGAGGCUUUGGAGGCCAUGCAGGACCUAGCCAUGUACAUUAAUGAAGUGAAAAGGGACAACGAGACCUUAAAGAAAAUGAGUGAAUUCCAGAGCUCGAUAGAAAACUUACAAGUGAAACUGGAAGAGUAUGGGAGGCCGAAGAUAGAUGGGGAGCUGAAGGUGUGUUCUAUAGUGAAUCGGACAAAACAGGACAGGUAUAUAUUCCUCUUUGAUAAAGUGGUGAUAGUCUGCAAGCGGAGAGGGUACAGCUACGAGCUGAAGGAGAUCAUCGAACUGCAGUGCUAUAAAAUGACAGACGACCCCAUGCACAACAGGGAUAUUAAAAAGUGGUCGUACGGGUUCUUUCUGAUCCAUCUCCAAGGGAAACAAGGCUUCCAGUUCUUCUGUAAAGCUGAGGACACGAAGAGGAAGUGGAUGGAGCAGUUUGAAAUGGCAAUGUCAAACAUUAAGCCAGAGAGAGCCAGUGCCAACCACCACAACUUCCAGAUGCACACGUUUGAGAAGACGACCAACUGCAGGGCUUGCAAGAUGCUGUUAAGAGGGAUUUUCUAUCAGGGUUAUUAUUGUUCAAAAUGUGGAACUGGAGCUCACAAAGAAUGCUUGGAGGUGAUAACGAUAUGCAAAAUAAAUUCCCCUGAUUCGGAGCCUGGACCCCAGGCAUCAGGUCCUAAGAUGGUAGCAGUUCGUAAUUACCAUGGAGCCCCGGCUCCACCAGGAAAGCCAGUGCUGUCGUUCCAGAUGGGGGAUGUGAUCGAGCUGCUGAAGGGAGACCCUGAUUCCUCGUGGUGGGAGGGAAAGUUUGUGCCAACCCAGAAGACCGGCUAUUUCCCCAGUUCUUGUGUAAAGCCCUGUCUAGACCCAAAGCCCGUAUCACCUUUUCCUAAUAGGCAGCCGUCCCGAGAACACGAUUACUAUGCCUAUCCAUGGUUUGCAGGCAACAUGGAGAGACAACAGGCAGACAACCUCCUCAAGUCCCACACAAGUGGAACAUACCUAAUCAGAGAGAGGACAGCAGAGGCAGAGCGCUUCGCCAUCAGUAUCAAGUUUAAUGAUGAAGUUAAACAUAUAAAAGUUGUAGAAAAGGACAAUUGGAUCCACAUUACAGAAGCUAAAAAGUUUGAAAGCCUGUUGGAAUUAGUUGAGUACUACCAAAUUCAUUCACUGAAGGAGAGCUUCAAGCUGUUAGAUACAACGUUACGGUACCCAUAUAAAUCCAGAGAGCGGUCUACCUCCCGAGCCAAUACACGCUCUCCAGCUUCCUCCGCUUCCUACAACUUUUCUUUUCUCAGUCCUCAGGGCCUCAACUUCUCUUCUCAGACCUCUACUCCCUUCUGGUCAGUGUUUACACCCAAAGUCAUAGGCACAGCCGUAGCCAGGUACAAUUUUGCAGCUCGUGACAUGAGAGAGCUCUCGCUAAGGGAAGGAGACGUUGUGAAAAUCUACAGCAAGAUCGGUGGGGACCAGGGCUGGUGGAAGGGAGAAGCCAAUGGCAGAAUCGGCUGGUUUCCUUCAACGUACGUAGAUGAAGAAGGAGUGCAAUGAUGGGACAAUUAACUUGGACAUCAUUAUCAUUUUUUUUUCUUUUUUCAACAAAAGCCAUUCCUUUGUACAGCUCUCAGAGAGCCAGGAUGCUUGAAACUCUCACGAGUUUAAAAGGAAGCAGCUUCUGUGGAACUCUUUGCUGGAACCCUGCCUAAGCUGUCUGUGGACAGUGAAGAUUUCUACUUAUGUUCUGGUUGUAAAUAUAUAUAUAUAUAUAUAUAUAUAUAUAUAUAUAUAUAUAUAUAUAUAUAUAUAUGAAUCUACUUUAUUUUUUAAAUGCUUUCCUAAAAGGAAAAACUGGAUUUGAAGAUGCAGUACCCCUUUGCUGAGUAAAGCUGGAUCCACAAACCACAAAAUCUCUAUGGGAGGAAGCCACUUCACGUCUUUGUGCUUCAGUCUCUGGGUAUCUCCACAUGAAAUUAAAUCUAUUGGAAGGAAAAAUAUAUAUAAUAAUUUAUUUAGCAUUUGAGUUAUAUUAGAAAAAAAAUAUUAAAUUAAGCUUGCUUAACCGAUAAACAAAUUAUAUUUCACUAGAACAAAAAGACUGUACCUGUACUACUUAGCUAGCCAAGAAAAUAUGCCUUAGUAGUCACUGUAUAACCAUCUUCUAUCCAGAUUUAUGUGGAAGGAAAGUACUGAUCAGUGAUGUUUAAAAAUAAACAAAUACAUUUUAAAGUGCUGCAAACUGAUCUUAAUCUUCAAGAUGGCUACAAUGUCAGUUGUCUGGCCCCUGUCACAUAAUUUGCACAAUUUGGCAUGGGACAGUAUGACUGGCAGUCCUUGCUGUGUAGAAGCCCUGGCUUUCAAGUGCAUGUUGUCUGAGAUGCAGGGCAACAUCUACAAGUUAACCCAAAGGGUACUGCAUCCUUUAUCCUCAGUCUGUUGUGAGUGGAAGGUCUAGAUGUCUUGCAAGCCUAUUAUGAAUAGAUUUCCACAAAGUCAAUGCACACCUCCCAUAUCCCUGUCUCAUUUCCAGGAAGUUCCCUGAUUUUAACUUCAAACAUUAUCUCAGUAAAACACCACUGUCAGCUAUAUUCUUCCCUGACCAGAGGGUUUUCUUGAGUAGAUAAAACCUAGCAGAUUAGCCAACAAUAUAAAACGACUUACAAAGCAGCACAUCUGGGCUGUAUCUAUAUUUACACACAACAGAGCAUUGUCCAAGUUAUUAUACUGUAUCAAAAUAUACCUCCUCCAUAGUAAAGAAACAAAGUUUUACCACCCAUUUUAGAAACAAUCUCAGAAAUGUUGUGUGUUACAUGGCAUCUGUCUGGGUCAUCUCUCCCUCAAGUGGAGCAGGCUUCCCUACACUGUAUGUAGUGUGGGAGGUGUGGAUCAAUGUGUUGGAUCUCAGUCUAAAACUCCAGCUUUCACCCCCUUUAGAAAUCAUUUCAAACAAAUAAAAGCAAGAUAUUACCAUGCUGUUAUUGCUGGCUAGCGGGACUUAAGGAAUUCAUGUUACAAAUUUGUGAAAAACUCUGUUGCUACUUAACCCUCACGUUGAAACAGUGUUGCCUUAGAAAUGGUUGCUAUAGGUGAAGAUCUAAUUCUAUUAACAAUAAUACAAUUAUUUUCAGUGGGAAAUCCAUUUCAAAACAACAUGUUGCUGUGUGCUGCAUCCCAACAUCAAUAAAUUCAAAGAACUUUUUUUUUUCCCCAUUUCUGCACUUCAGACUUUUGCAUACAUACAUACAUACAUACCUUCCACUCACUCAGCCUACCCAAGUGUGCGUUAUCUGUUCAGUGGUGCAAGAAUGUCUUUGUUUUAUUGUUUUUGGUUGUGUAAUUUUUUGACCAAAUGCCAGAAUGAUGUAUAUGAAUAUUUAGGGGAGAAAUAUGUUGUAUGGUGCCAGAAAUCUUGUAUAUAUUUCAGUUAAUUGUGGAAUACCUUGCAUUUGUUUUAAAUGGGGGAAAUACUAUGUAAAUUCCUAUUUUUUUUUUGCACUGAACCAACAUGAAUAACCCCCCCUGACAGUUUCUAAGUAAAAGGUGUAGUGCAUCAGCAUUUUAGACUUGUUUCAGGUUAAAAUUUAUUAAAUGCCACCUUUAUUCCAAAAUGUUUUUACAGCAAAAAUGUAAACCCUUUCCCAAAUACGUUUGUGCAGCUAAAGAAUGAACGCCGGUUGUGGAUACCUAAUAAUGUUAUUUCUUAUAUUUUAUGUCAACCUGUUCCUGCUGUGGAAUGCAACUCCAAAAGCACAGCUUUAAUCUGAAUCUCAAAAACAAAUAUAUAGAAAAUAUGAAUAAAUUAAU